UUUUCAGAAAUCAUGACCUGGUUGCUCAAGAUAAUCCACAGAUGUUGUUGUGAGCAGUUUCGUGUUGGAACUAUUUUCUUUCUACCAAACACACCAGCUGUAUCACCACGCAGAAGGAAGCGUGCAUCUACUGCUAGCUCACCUAGCACCACUGAGCUAGCUAAUGUUAAAGCUCAGCCAAGCAGCACACCAUUAAUGUUCGUGUCUUGUGUCGUCAUGAGCAGGAGCUUCUCAUCCAUGAGUAGAUGCAUGCUUUCUUCUGUGUAGUGAUGCAGCUGGUGUGUUUGUUUUGGUAGAAAGAAAAUAGUUCCUACAUGAAACUGCUUACCAAGAGCCUUGUGGGUUAUAUUGAGUAACCACGUCAUGAUUUCUGGAAAGAGACAUUACUAUUGAGUUUUUUUUGGCACUUUGAGCACCACAAUCUGACUGGCAUCUGGUUUCAUUAUAUCAGAGAGAAGGCAGACAUCUCAAAGACCCUGCAACUCACACCAAAAUAGUCUAGAUCAGGGUGUCGAACUCAUUUUAGUUCAUGGGCCACAUGCAGCCCAAUUUGAUCUCAGAUGGGCUGGACCAAUAAAACCAUUGCACAAAAACCUAUAAGUAACAUCAGCUCCAAUAUUUUCCCUUUUCUUGUGUAAAGAAUUACAGGUACAUUCUGUAGACAUUCAUCCUUUUACAAAACAGAAACUAAAAUAAGUUCAGUUUAAACAGUAUGUCUCAGUUUCAGUUUGCCUCUCACUGUCAUUACAUGUGCAUUUAUCCAUACAUUUCCUGAUACAGAUUCUUUUUUGAACUGAAGCUGCUGAUUGACAAUAUUUUGUACAAUGUUCAGUAUCUUUAAACAAGGUCACAGUAAGUAUUCAUUGUUAUAUCACAGAACUUUAUCCUGGUCAUUAAACGCAUUGUUUAACUUGCUCUGAAACCUGGCACCUCAAAGUCUAGUCAUCUAGUGGGCCAGAUUGGACCCUUUGGCGGGCUGGUUCUGGGCCACGGGCCACGUGUUUGACACCCCUGGUCUAGACUGAUAAGUAGCACUACAGAUAAUAUUUGUUUUAUAUUUUGAAGUGAAAUGUCCCUUUAAGUGGAGGCUUCUUCAGUGACACUACAAUACAUUUCAAGCCUGACAUUCUUCUCUCUCUUUCUUUGCCUCCUCCUCAGGAUGCAUUAGAAGACUAAUUUUGGGGAAAAGGCAGAGAAACAGAUAAAGUUUUGGAGUUGCAGCUUUUAUCUUGGCUGCUCUUUAGCUCCUCCAAACAGUUGUACUAGUGAGAGUGGUGCAAUUACACUCUGCAGUAAUGACUGUUUUAGUGCCCCCUGGUGCACAACACAGGCAUGUAUUAUGAAUUUUAUUAGCGCCUUAGAAACAUUGAUCAUGAGCUGCAUAACUGGAGAGCAUGAGAUUCCUCCACGGAUCAGCUGAGAGAAAUCAUGCUGCUCUUAAUCAAUCCUGCCACUUGAAGAUGAGGGACAUGUUCUCAUCAGACAUACUCACCACUGAUCCAUGACUGUCACUACUCAUUUCCUCCAAGAUAUUACAUUGAAAUUAAAUUUUCAGCAUCGGCUGGUGUCUUCUGACUAUCUCCAGGAGUGUAGAAAGCCUCAUACUAACCCGUCCCUCAGGACCAGUUGCCAAAACUGGGCCAUCCCAGGCUUCAGCUGGGUGGCAAAGCAGGAGAGACCUCAACUGCUCCCGGCCAUCGACAGUGUGUGUGGUCGCUGCUCCAGCGUAGAGAAGGAGGCGGAGGAAAUUGAGCAACCUGAGGAGGACGGUGCAGGCCAGCUGCCAGAGAGUGAUAACUUACCACGACGGUUUCGCCAUCAGAGAGGUGAAAUCCAAGACGGGAGGAAAGCUCAGCAUCACAGAGCUCUUAAUGCAGGGUCCGGUCUCCAUGGAGACCCCGUCCCCAACAUAAAGGUCUCCAUCAAAGGGCAGCUGAAAUCUCCUUCGGGGACAGAGAAGACCCCCGCUCAAGAAUCUUUCGUCUCCCAAGUGCCAUUAAGAUUACAGAUCAAAGUGUCUGGCCGGAGGGGUAGUUUGGGAAUCAGCAUUGCUGGUGGGAAAGGCUCUCUGCCUUACAAGGACCAUGAUGAGGGCAUUUUUAUUUCCAGAGUAAAUAAAGGGGGCGCAUCAGAAAAGGCAGGGGUCCAUGUUGGAGAUAGAUUGCUGGAGGUCAACGGCCUCAACAUGCAAGCAGCGACCCACCACGAGGCAGUCAGCGCCCUCAGGAAUGCUGGGAGCUGCAUCAAGAUGAAAGUACUCAGAGAGAGGCUGCUACCCCGAGGACAAACGUGUGACCCCGAAGACCCUCAGGAUCCUCAAAACAUGACGGGGCGACAGUUGUGCAGCCAGGAUGGCGGAGGCCAGAGAGGCAAACAGCCCAAGAUGGAGAGCGUGGAAGACUGUUUGUCCAAGAAGACUGAGGCGGUUGUCUGCAACGGCAACGGCGUUUCUGAUUUGGAGAGCGACCUGAACAGGACCUUGUCUCAAAUGGAGGCGCAGGCCUUGAUAAAAAAUGACUCACUUCAAGGGGGAAAACAGACAAUGACAAUCCCGCGGAUCAUCCUCACUCAUCCCUCUACCUCAGAUGAAGAUGUGGAGUUCUUGACACAGAUCCCCAGCAGAGAGCUGGUACAUGACUCUGACAUUCCUGACAGACACGUGCACUGUUUUGACAGUGCUUUCUACCCGCCUUGACCACAGCGUAGGGGUACAAACAUGAAGGACACAGACUGUUAUUUCCCAGCUCUUUUUUUUCAUGUUACUGAGGUGUUACUGAGGAACUGUUGGAAUGUGUUUUUUAAGCUUUUUGUCUGUCAGAUUCAAUUGCUGCUAAUAGUAUUUAGUGAUAUUAAAGUCAUUUGCAAGGAUGAAUUUUAAAACUUUAUUUUUAUUACUAAAAACCACGGAGUUGAACUGUGCUACGACAUUGAAAAUAGACUGUAAAAGCAUGAACAGACGGCUCUCUGAUGUCCAAAUGAACUACAUGUCAUUAUAUUAAACACAGUCGAUAAAGGACGAACGCUGCUGGCUACCUCUACUUCACACCACUGUGCUGUAAAUUAUGGAUGUGCUGGUAAAUAGUGUCUCUUCCCAUGAAAAUGUGAAGCCCUGAAACUUUUAUAGUCUGUACUGAGAUAAAAUGUCGCGCAGAGUGAACAGGGAACACAUCAGGGAGUCUGAAUCCUGCAGCGUCCUGAUCCAGACUGAACUGAACAUCGUCCCACGCCUCCUGUACGAGCUAAAUUCAGGAUGGUGAGUUAGGCACUCUGCUUUCUGAGCAGAAAAAGAGAGCUGUCAUUUUGCUUGUCAACACCUGCUUUGUCUUAUUUCACAGCUUUUACAUUCUCGCGUUAGAAACAGUUUAUUGUUCAGUGUUCAU